GUAUCUUGUUCAAGGACCAAUACUGACUGACCGCAUAUAAUUCUGCAGCCAUGUCUAGGUCCUUUUAUGUCGAUUCUUUGAUUAUCAAGGACACAGUGCGACCAGUUCCUCUAAACGAGCAUCCUGGACAAGACUUCCUGAUCCCUAUCAGCAUGCACUCGCCCACUAUGAUGACAGUCACUGGGCCGGUGUGCCAGUCUAGGAAGAACGGCACUUUCUGCGUCUGCCCGCUUUGCGUCACGUCCCACCUCCACUCUCCCCGCGGGGGUAUAGCGAUGCUGAAGACUCAGUUCCCGGGAGCGGAGGCCCAAUAUUGUCAGAGGAUAUCACACCACCAACAGACUCCAGGGCUAACGCACCCGGGACAUGCACCUGUCUGCACGCCCACGUACAGCGUCACAGACCCAAGGAGGUACCACUGUCUCUCCAUAGGUGCUUCGGAGAGCAGUCACAUUCAGAAUGGCAAGAGGAUGCGCACGGCUUUCACCAGCACGCAACUGUUGGAACUGGAAAGGGAGUUCUCAUCCAAUAUGUAUCUUUCCCGGCUCAGAAGAAUCGAAAUAGCGACGUAUCUGAAUCUCUCAGAGAAGCAAGUGAAGAUCUGGUUUCAGAACAGGAGGGUGAAACACAAGAAGGAGGGCAAAGGUACACAGAGGAGCGCGCACAGCGGUUGCAAGUGCGCUAGCGGUCACACGGACUACCCAAGGUCUGAGGACGAGGAAUCUCUAUCCCCUGAAUCAGCGUCAGAGGAAAAAGAGAUAUCCCCUAUCUGAGGGCAUCCAAUCUUACACCACAGACUUCCGUUAAACACUGGCACUUGUUCUACCCUGGUUCAAUACGGAUUCAGUUACACCAGACGAGCUCAGGGCCCAGAAAUGAUACUUCCAGAAGAAGUCUUGGGAAUAUCUCUUUCCCUGGGUUGUAGGCCUAUUUUAAUUUUAGGUUAGCUGUCCAAUAUGAACAACUUGUGAUUAGACUACAUGUUUUAUUUGUUAAAACAUUUAGAAUCAUAAAUGUGAUGUUAAAUCCUCCAGAGUUCAAGCCAACGUCAAAUGUUGUGAGUAGCUGUCAUACAAUGUUUUGUAUUCUUCCCCAUGCGCUUAUAGAAACAUAUCAUAUCAGUGUGGCUAUGACGCUGUUGAUCCACUCCGGUUCAUAUCUGAUUUCUGCACGUGAAUUUGUAUGUGUAUAUAAACUGAUUAUGUAAAUAAUAUGUACAUUUGUAUUUAUUCUAAUAAAACGUUGCUAAGUUGUAUCUCA